AUGUUUCUAAACAAAGCUAAAAAGUUUAUCAAAAGAACUCCAUUCCUAAGUUCCGUGAGAUGCAAAGCUGCUUAUGAAGGCGAUGGAAAGACUACGGUCCGAGUAAUUAACCAAGAACAAGAUUCUGGACUUAUGAUUAACUCUUAUGCAGUAUAUGGGUUUAGGCUAAACAAUGGAGUCACAGUUUUGGGUCCCAUGGCCAUAUUUCCCAGGACAGUGUUAUCGUGGCAAGUGCGAGGCUCGUAUGAGGUGUCAGAAGAUUCUCUGCGUUUAUUUAAGCUGCUAGAACCAAAGAUUGAUUUGCUGGUGGUGGGUCUGGAGACGAGCGAGCGGCGCGCGGUGAACCUGGUGUUCCGCGCGGCGCGCGCGGCCCAGCUGAACGUGGAGCUGCUGCCCACCGAGCACGCCUGCUCCACCUUCAACUUCCUCAGCGCGGAGGGCAGGAGCGUGGCUGGCGCACUGAUCCCACCACUACACGUGACCGUGAACGUGGACGACAUGCUGGAGUCGCAGCUCCACUACCGCAACCUCUACCGUCACGACCUAAACUGA